AUGGCACCGCAGGCCGCCGCUGACGCAGACCGCCAUGGGGCACUCAUCCAGGGCCUGUAUUCCAACACUGCGCGGCAGACCGAGUUUGAAAUCUCGAAUCUGCGGGCGCAUUGUGAGUUCCACGAUGAGCCGAUCUUUGAUGAGACGCCUCGCGUUCGACGAAAGCGAAAGACGACGCGCCAUGAACAGGAGUCGUCCUGCAACCGCCUUACGAAGACUGUGGGCCAGCAUCGCGUGGAGAUGGCCAUGCGUGCAAAAGCUCAGUCGGUGAAGGCUCACAGCCAGGCAGAUGCAAAAGGUCCGUCCGGCGACCUCGCCAGGGCCAUCCAGGAGAAGUUGGGCCAGAAGAUGGCAGCUGCCAAGAGGACAGCCAUGCAGCGCGAGGCCUCUCCGGAGUCGCCGAAGUCACGUGGGCGACAGAAUCCACCUCGCUCGGAGACCUCGUCUUUUACUUCCCUGGGCAUCUACGACGGCCCAUGGACCUCGAAGUUCACAGCCUCAAGAAGCCCUGGCGCACUCAAUCGCUGGAAGUCAGACCAGCGACCAGACCCUGCUUGGUACAAGGUUCAGUACAACAUGCUGCUGGACAGGGCGCCGGUACCGGACAUGCAGAAGCGAGGCAGGUCAUCGUCUCCUGAGUCUGGAGAGCCGUUGGCUCUCUGCGACGGCAGCGCGUCUCCCAAGCGGAGCCAAGGGACCUUCAACUUGACGGGCAUCGACGUCGAAAAAAUCGAGAGCGAGUGGAGGUUUAGCGACGACGAGGCCAAGAGGAGAGCGAUGCAGCUUGCGGAAGGUUACUUGGCCAAGACGCCCAACUGGGAUCAGUACAACUCCAUGAAAGUUGGGCGCUUUCCUGCCCUCACGUUCCACCGCGUGACUGAGCCAGCGAAAGAUCUGUACGAGCAAGACCUGAAGGCCUACCACAAGCAGCGGAUUCCUGCAUGGGACUUUGCCAAAGCCGCAGGUCGGCCCGGGCAAGAGACAGACGAUGUGGCGGCGCCUGGGAAGUACGACGUGAACUACAGUGCCGUCCGCGGGAAGAUCCCUUCGGGGGUUCACUUCGAGCGGGCACUGCCCAGGGCGCAGUCCGACGGACGCCUAGGUCAUUUCGCUCUGCAGGCUGUAUUGCACGCAGACGCCAAGCGGUUUCCAGGCGGUGUGCGCUUCGACACUUCCGCAUCAAAGGACUGCAUCAGGAGGAGGAUGACCCUGGUGAACGACUUCGACCGCGAGCUGCCUCGCCCGAAUCCUGCGCCACGAUCUCUGGAGUAUCAUGACACAAGUGAUCCAGCUGCCUGCGAGAUCACGCUGAGUCGGAUGAUGAGCUACAACGCGGAUCUUGCAGACAUGUGUGUGACGAACAGAAGGGACAUGGCGCCCGUGUACGAGCGCAUGCUGCCGCGUGGGAAAGAGUCGGUGCAGGGCUUGCGGGCUUUGCAGACGGACCUGGGUGUUCGAGGAGCUGCAGGUCUCGGCUUCAUCGAGACCACGGGACAAAGAACCCUUCCUGUGGAAAAGCUGGAGGGCCGGACUUCUAACGCUGCUUACCAACGGCCAGACAUUGGGCCAAAGUUCGAUCACCACACGUACUUUGAAGCUCUCUGCCUGGAGACCAACCACAACCAGGGCAACAUCGUCAUUGGGUCUGGGCCAUCUUUUGACACAAGGCCAGCACCGCGUUGCCCACGGCGAGUUCGUGGCGAGAUGCACUUCCGCCGCCAGGCCGCGCAGGGCUUCUCCAAGGGUGUGAAGGCAGCAGGACCAUCCGAUGCCAAGGUGCCACGUCAAAGCCGGGCAUACAAGGCGAUCGAUGACUGGUCGCAGCUGCUUGAGGAGCUCAACUCGAAGAGUGCAGAGCCCGAACUGCUCCACUGA